CCGCCACCACCUUUGCUUUUCUCCUCCGCUCUGCCAUCUUCACAUCCUAAUCCGCCACGCAAUCCUCGCACCACACUCCUUUGCAAAUUUCAACAUGCACCCUACCCGCGUACUCGCCAUUCUUCUCGGUCUCGGAGCAAGUGUGACUUUGGGUGUUCCCACUGCGCGCUCUCGGCAAGACCGUCACCGUCUUCUGGCGCGAACUUCUUUUGUCAGCGACUUGCCGGACGAUGCAUCGUCGCUCGCUGGAGUCUCCGACGUCAAUCAAGACGCAAUCGUGCUACCACCCAUUGCAGAAGUUUUCUCCCUCAUCGCGGCCUCUGCUUCCGGUUCCCCCACUUCAGUCAUGGAAGCUUCAUCGGCCCAGCUUGCUCCCACUCAGUCAUCCACUCAACCGGUGACCUCGCCCAGUGCGUUACCAUCGCCCUCAUCUCACGAGAUCACUGGAGACGGCACUCACGGCCACCAUAAACUGGUGUUUGUUGGUGCUCUGGUGCUCACUUUAGUCGCAUUCAUCAUGUCGAUCUUUGGGUUCUCUUAUAGCCGACAUCGAGCCUCCUUGUCUAAACUUAGUGAAUAUCAAGAAGAGACGCGCCACAAGUCUCUCGCGGUGUCGGAGCUGACUGAGAAAGCACGGGACUCGAUAAUCGUUCAUAUCACUCGCAACUCACGCAACUACCCACGAAGUAAAUUCUCAAUCUCCUCAUCGGAUUAUCCCCUCUCUCUGCAUCGAUCUUCGUCAGCUUCGUCAUCCUCUUACUCUGACUCGAACUCGAAGAUGGAAUCUGACAACAUGGAUUCGGAUUGCGACAUGCGAGAGCGGCCUGCGAGCGAUGUCGUUGUGGACCACCGUGGACUGAUGGACCCAGCACACCUUUUCGCACUGCGCGCUUCAUCAAUGGCUGCUCAGCGACAUUCGAGAGCUGGCAGCGAACCUACGUUUGGUGUGCCCCGCUUCGAUCACGGGCGGAGGGAUCACAGCCGGCGCUCCCGUUCAGUCUCUGGGAUCCGGGAGGAUUGGCUAUGAUUAUAGCUUCAGAGAAAGAACCAAUGUACUUGUAUGCGUGGUACAGCCCUUGUACUGUACUAAGUUGUAGUCUAUGAUCCAAUUACGCGGCCGUUUGUGUCCAUCUGCUCCUAUCGGUUCGAUCUGGCGCACUGGAUAGCACAUGUUUUCCAAAAU